GUUAGAAGAAAUUCAAGAUGUCAGCCACCAGUGAGGAUUUGGAUUCGACCUGUAGCUUCAGUGAUUUUGAUGUUAUUGGCUUCGAUCUUGACCAUACAAUUUGCAAGUAUAAGCUAGACAUACUUUUUCCCCUGAUUUACAAGUGUUUGGUGAAGCAUUUGGUUGAGGAUCUCGGCUAUGAUGAAGAUAUUGCACGGCCUUUGGAAGAAGAUAAAGAUUUUGUAACAAAAGGUCUGGUAUGUGAUGUUGAAAAAGGCAAUUUUUUCAAGUUCUCAGAAGAUGGGUACAUCCUACGUGCAAGCCAUGGUACGACACCACUCAGCGAUGACGAGAUUGAGGAGAUAUACGGGAAAGAGCGUCACUGGGCGCCGUUUAACAACUUUAAAGCCACCUUGAAGCAAAAUG